ACAAAUGAACUUUUAUUUCAGCAUGGCUUUCUUACAAGAAGAAACUGAAGACAUGGAGUAUGAAUAUAACUCUUGUGACAGUGAAGAUGAAGAAGAGGUAAGUAAAGUUAUAAAGGAUAUCUUUGGUGAUGAAGAACACCAUGAAGAGGAUGCGGAUGAUGAGAAUAUGGACGAGAAGUUAGAGAACGAUGACAAUCCUCUGUGGAAUGAUUUUCAGUAUAUGAGUGAAGAGUAUGCUUUACUGAAAGAAAGGAAGUUUAUAGUUGGAGAGAAGACCAUCAUAGAUUUGCUGAAGAGAGUUAAGUGUGAGCAGUGUGAAGGAGGGAUAAUCUCGUCUAGUAUUGAAGAAGGGGAGGCUAUUGCAGCUGGAAUUAAGUUCAAGUACAAAUGCGUCAAUGGACAUCCUGGGAAAUGGAUUUCUACUCCAUUUUAUGGAGGUAGAAGUUUCAUCAGCAUGAUGUUGCAACUUAUGGUGCUUUUAUCUGGAGCAACAUUUGAACAGUUUGCCAUAGGAGCAAAGUUUGUGAAUUUAGUGAUUGGGAGUGCCAGUAACUUUUACAAAAUGCAACGCCAGUAUAGAGUUGCAAUAGAGAAAUAUUUUCGAUGCCAUAUGGAGAAAAUGAGGAGAUCUUUAGGAGGGUUACCUGUUAGUGUUGCAGUGGAUGUAAGAUAUGAUACUCCAGGUUUCUGCGCAAACAGAUCUACUGCUGUCUUUAUGGAUGUUGACAAGAAAAUCAUUAUCCAUAUGGAGGUAGGUGACUCAAGGGAGGUUGAUAGGAGGAGCCCACGAAUGGAAAAGCUUCUAAUUGAACGAGGCCUCACUUUCCUGGUUUCAAAUUCACCAAUUGUGGUAUGGGAAGUGAUAUCUGAUGCCAGUAAAACAGUUAUUUCUAUUUUGAAAUCUGAGCCAUUUCAACACCUACAACACAGUCUAGAUGUAUGGCACAAAUCAAAAAGACUGGCAUCUACUUUGGGGGACCUUGCAAAGAAAUCCACAUUCAAAGCACUCCUUCCUUGGAUUAGACCCAUCACAAACCAUUUUUGGUGGUGUUGCAAUACCUCUAAGGGAAACACAAACAAACUUUUGAAGAGAUGGAUGACAAUAUUAUACCACGUCAACAACAAACAUAUUUGGCCUGGAGGAAGAUGUCAUCAUCCCGAGGGAUUACAGAAUCCAGAAGGAGCUAAAUGGCUGCAAAAAGAUUCAUCAGCAUACAAGGAGUUAAGAAAGGUAGUUUUGAACAGAGAUUGGUGUGGCUCUAUAAAGUACUACACACACUGUAGACAGACAUGGGCUGUGGAAAACUUCUUUAGCCACACCCUCCUCCACUACUGCCCCAAGCAGAAUUCCUUCUCAUAUGAUGCAUAUCAUAUAAGAAAUAUGUUGGCAGUUUUAGACUACAAUAACCAUGUUGGAAGGGCAGUGCGUGUCACAGAGGAUGGUCAACCCUAUGCUCAAGCACAGGUGUCAAGACGGACCAAACAGUGGGUUGCCUAUGAGAAGAAGUGCCCAAAAGACUUCAAAUAUAUUCCAGAACUGAUGUCUGUGUGCUUAAGAGAGACGUAUGGUAAACCGUUGUACACCUACACGAACAGUGACAAGGAAAUAAGUUUAAGGUCUUCUCAGCCUAACCUCUCUGGAAUGAUCACUCCAUCCUCAAAGACUCUCUUAGCAUGUAUGAAAAGCAGGAAAAAAUAAGGUAAUGCAUGUUGAAUUUUGGUUGGUAAUUUAUAAGCAAAUACUCUUUGUAACUUGAUGUGUAAUAAAUCAAUUUGGAU